AUGGCAGAAGAGCUGAAACUCUCAAGAGUUGUUUGUGAAUUCAGACAUACCUUUCUUGCAGAGAAACCAGGAAUAUGCCCUAAAGAGAGACUCAAGUGUCAGACUAGAAUUCAAAGAUCGUGUACAGGGGAUUAUGGCUGCGAGGAACACUUGAAGUGCUGCCAAUUUGCCUGUGGGAAGAAGUGCAUGGAUCCAUACGAAGAACCCUGCAUGCUACCAUCCGAUCAAGGAAACUGUAAGCAUUUUGAUAGGCGCUGGCAUUAUGAUUUAAAAAAUCUUUUAUGCAAACCUUUUAAAUAUGGAGGCUGUGAUGGAAAUUCCAACAACUUCCUCAGCAAGGAAGACUGCAUGAAGGCUUGCUCGUUAACUGGCCAGCUCUUCUUCAGAAUGGUGUCUUCUGGACUUUUGAGGAUCCUGGUGGUAUCCAUCCUUCUAGAGAAUGUUCAAGGACUUAGUCUGACUAACUUGUUCUCUCCAAGGAGAUGCCCCAGAAUCCGAGAGAAAUGCCAAUUCAAAGAAAGGGAUGAAUGUUCGAAGAACAAAACCUGUCCGGACAAGAAGAAGUGCUGUGUCUUCAACUGUGGGAAAAAAUGUUUAGACCUCCAACAAGAUAUAUGCAGUUUGCCGAAAAAUCCUGGUCCCUGCAUGGCUUUUUUUCGUCGUUGGUGGUAUGAUAAGAAGAAUGAUACCUGUUCCAUGUUCAUCUAUGGUGGCUGCCAAGGAAACAAUAACAACUUCCAAACCAAAGACCUGUGUCAGAAUAUGUGCUCCAAAAAACGUGAGUACCAAGGGCCUUGA